UUUAAAUAUGAAUUCAACUCACAUAAACAUGGACCUUUCAUUGACGCAUGAGUCUGCAAACAUGCAAUCCCAAUUUGCGUCUUUUCCAAAUUAUGAUCAAUUUUCGGCAUCAGGAUAUUCAAGCACUCCGUUAUAUAUAACAAAGCCCACAGGAAUAGGUGCAAUAACAAAAGUUGCGCCGCACUGCUCUCAAAAUAAGAUUGAGACGACCUCUACAGACAAUUCCAUUCCAGACAUAGAGAACCAUCCAUUAGCUACAACAGUGAGAUAUGUACAAGGGGGUCAAUAUGAGGAUACAUCCGAAUAUGGUGUAGCUGGUUUAACUUGUGGAAUAGACUCUGAGUACACCGCUGAAGCUGUCGUACCUUACUGCUAUACGUCGGAUGCAAACUAUACAGGAAUUCAAAACACGACUUCAAAUAUUAAACCAUUUUCUGGAAGGCCUUUUAAUGAUAACCUAAAUGGAGCAGAAGCUGUUGCGGAUUCCCAAUGUAGAACCUUUAAAAGUUCAGCUGAAUUUAAAUUACCUCAAUUCGCCAUGAGCUCUAUAAAUACUGUGCCGCAGAGAUUGGAAGAAAAGGAUGAUUACAUAGAAGGAUCAGAAAAUGAUAUUUGUUCUACAAUGAGAUGGCGGGAUCCAAAUCUUUCAGAAGUAAUAAGCUUUUUAAGCAACCCGAGUAGUGCUAUAAAAGCUAAUGCAGCAGCCUAUCUACAGCAUUUGUGCUACAUGGAUGACCCAAACAAGCAACGUACAAGAUCUCUGGGAGGUAUACCACCAUUAGUUCGACUGCUAUCUUAUGAUUCUCCGGAAAUACAUAAAAAUGCCUGCGGUGCUUUACGUAAUUUAUCUUACGGAAGACAAAAUGAUGAAAACAAACGUGGAAUAAAGAACGCUGGUGGAAUAGCAGCUUUGGUACAUCUUUUAUGUCGGUCACAAGAAACAGAAGUAAAAGAAUUGGUGACUGGCGUUUUGUGGAAUAUGUCUUCCUGUGAAGACUUGAAACGGUCAAUUAUUGAUGAAGCGCUCAUUGCUGUAGUUUGCAGCGUUAUUAAGCCACAUUCUGGUUGGGAUGCAGUUUGUUGUGGAGAAACAUGCUUUUCUACAGUAUUUCGAAAUGCUUCUGGAGUUUUACGAAAUGUCAGUUCAGCUGGAGAACAUGCAAGAGGAUGUCUUCGAAAUUGUGAGCACUUAGUUGAAUGCCUUCUUUAUGUUGUGCGAACAUCAAUUGAGAAAAAUAAUAUUGGAAAUAAAACUGUAGAAAAUUGCGUAUGUAUACUUCGGAAUCUUUCAUACCGAUGUCAAGAAGUUGAUGAUCCCAAUUACGACAAACAUCCCUUUAUAACACCAGAAAAAGUUAUUCCAUCAUCAUCUAAAGGUAAAUAA